AGUUGGUUCAUUUCCGUCCUCCGCUGCACUGGCGUCGUCGUUCCUUCCGUUGCCGUGGGCUCCCGUGCCUACGUUCUCCACGCCGUUCAGGUGCUGAUCGAAGUGCUGCUUCCACCUUUCGAUCACCUCACGUCCGUCCGUCAAGAGGCCUCCGUCUUUAUCCCUGCAUAUUUUGGCUCGCGGCACGAAGCCAUUGCGGAAUGCGUUGAGUUUCUGAUAGAACUUCCGUGUUUCUUGGGAACGGCACAGCAGUUCCUUUUCUUCACACUCCGCUUCUUCCAGGCGGCGCUUUUUUUCCCGAAAGAGGCGGGUCUGCUGUUUCCGCUUCUGUUUGUAACGUUCCACGUUCUGUCGAGUCCCUUGCUGCAGCAUUACCGCCCUCGCUGCGUUCUUCUCCUCCAAAACCGUUAUGCACUCUUCGUCGAACCAUUCGUUCCGUCGAUUCCGUUCCACGUACCCGAUGGUGCUCUCGGCUGCGUCGUUGAUGGCUGCUUUCACUGUACUCCAGCAGUCCUCUAGAGGGGCCUCAUCGAGCUCGCCCUCGUCUGGCAACGCGGCUUCGAGAUUCUGCACGUAUGCUGCCGUGAAUCGCAAGUCAGUCCCAUAUGUAAAAAGUAGGCAUUGAGAAAAUGGACUCUGAAGUUUUUAAAUUCGAUUUCUAUGUGAAAUUUCAAAAAAUCGCCAGAAAUUGAAUAUUUCUGCGAUCAUCAUGAAACUUUCACAAAUUGUUUUAAACGUGAAAACGUAGCUGCGAAAAAUAUCAAACUGGUUGAAACAGUGUUCGAUUUUGUACGGCAGGGUACACAAGUUCAUAAUGGGACUGACUUGCGAUUACUUUUCAUUAUGGGACAAUCUGACUUGAUGUUGUUGUUCGAUUUUACUGAACAAACCAUAUAUUUUUAUUCACACAGCUGAAAGAUCAUCCGAAGAAAGAUCGAAAACUUCCAUUAACUCAAAUUUUCCCAAAAUGCAGAUGGAACUGACUUGCGAUUCACGGCAGUAUGCUGAGGCGACAUCCGGUUGCUUCAGUCGCUCUAGGUUGUACCGUGGCGGUCGCCGGUACCGUACAUUGUUGAUGACGGAGAGUUUUGGGCGCAGUUUGACCAUCACCAGAUAGUGGUCGGAGUCGAUGUUGGCGCCACGAUAGGUCCUGACGUCGAUAAUGUCGGAGAAGUGCCGUCCGUCAAUCAGAACGUGGUCGAUUUGAGAUUCUGUCUGCUGUGGUGAUCUCCAGGUGUAACGAUAAAGGAGGCUGUGUUGGAAAAAGGUGCUACGUAUGGCCAUAUUUUUGGAGGUGGCGAAAUCAAUGAGUCGUUGGCCGUUUUCGUUCGUUUGCUGGUGGGCGCUAAACUUGACUAUAAAGAAUGCAGAUUUCGAAAAAAAAUGAGUUUCAUAAAAAUUUGAACAACCUUUGUUUCAACUGUACAGAACAAUGCCUACUAGUCUUUGAAGAAUAUUAGUUAAUAUGGUUCAUUUUGAAUCAUUAUUCAGUGUAGCAGGCUGCUAGCGUUGCAAGUGUAGAUAUAAAGGUGUGUAGUGUAUGAAAGAAUGGAUGACCUAAAUUAUCACAAAACUCUCAUGGCCACUUCUUCACUUGAGAGUUAAUAGGUUCAUGGAUCCUAUUUGGUUGUGGAACGUUACUAUCUAAAUCGAAAUCACCUAAUGUUACAGUGAUUGUUUUUAUCAACCCAGCUCUAUAACAGCAAGGAUGAUUCAUAAUAUUCCAAAAAUAUAUAACAACGAUUAUUGUUCCCCGAACUACUUUGGUAAAUACAAUGGUUUAUGUAACACUACUUAACGUAGUGGCAGAAGCUAUAACCACAGGUGUAGACCCGAAGCUAUGGUCUCCGAAGUAGUUUGGAUGAUCUGGAAUAUCUCAAACCAUCUUGGAAUGACUCAUGAAAUAACAAGAGGAUUACUGAUUACAGUUGGAUGUGUAAAGUUUCCGUUCAAUGUGCGUAUAACUACUGUUACUGUCAAGAGCUAAACUUCCAGUUUAGGACGUCCCUGAAUGUCCCAAAAGUUCAUAGAAUAAUAGACUUUAGGUUGGUCCAGUAACUGAUUAUGCAACGUUAUUCAGUAUAUCAGAUAUGGCUACUGCUACGAGUCUAGAUCUGAUGUUCUGAACUUCAAGGUAGUUUGACUGACCUGGAAUAUCCCUGAAGUGGGUUUCGUGGCCGUGCGGUUAGCGGAGGCAGUCGUCUAGGCGUAUCGUAAGCCUCGGAGUGUGGGUUCGAUUCCUGCUCCAGUCGGUGGAAACUUUUCGUCAAACGAAAAAUUCAUCACUGGGUGUUCUGCGUCUUGUCCGUUACUUGGAUUCUUGUGGAUUUGAAUGACUUCAUUAUAGGACAGUUUGGACGACCCUGAAUGUCCCAAAGGUUUAUAAUAAUUUCCAGUAAACUUCAGAUUGGUCCAGUGAUCGUGGUUGAUUAUGCAACGUUACUCAGUAUAACAGAUAUGGCUACUGUUACGAGUGUAGACCUGAUGUUCUGAACCCCAAGGUAGUUUGACUGACGUGGAAUAUCCUUAUAGUGUCUAUAAAUGGCAUAGUAGAUUUUAAGACGUUCACGGAUCCCUGUAGGUUAUGCAAUGCUAUUAUUUAUGGCGAAAACACAUACAAUUAUUCUUGUAGACUUGAAGAACCUUACUACAGGACAGUUUGGAACACCUAGAACACCUCAGAAUAUAAAACACGCUUUGAUAUUCUUGACGAAGGCUAAAUGAAUACAUAUGAACGUAACCCAUAUCCAAAUUCAGCUUUUAGAAAAACUGGGAUGCCAAUUAUUUCGUGUAUUCAAACUUCAUGGUGUUCAGGAUGUUCUAGGUUCUCAGUUAAAUCUCAAACACAAAUAUUUCCAUUUUUACUUCAUAAAGGAGACUAUUUGCAACAACUUUGCACAAGGGGCUCCUUAUGAGAUUCUGGUGAGAAUUUAUGAUGAGAUUUCUGUGGAAAUCCCUGCUGGAAUACUCACGGAAUACUUCCAGGGAUCUUUGGGAUUGCCAAGAAAUUGCAGAUUAUAUCCAAAAAUCCUAUUGGAGUUCAUUCAGGAAUUCCUGAGCUUGCUCCAGAAACUUAUGUAAGGAUCCCUCAAGUAAUUUCUGGUGUGGUUACUCCUGCGAUUCCCCAGAUAUUCCUCUUGGUGUCUCCUUUAUGGAAAGAUUUUCUCAGGAAUUCUCAGGAAUUUCUUAAGGUAUUUCUACUGGGAUUGCCUAAGGAUAACAAAGAUAGGCAUCCAGAUAGCCUGGUGGUUAAGGCUAUGGAUCGCCAAUCUGGAGACGGUGGGUUUGAUUCCCAUUCCGGGCGAGAAAAUUUUCUUGACUCCCUGAGCGUAGUGUAUCAUUGUCCUUGCCUCACAAUAUACAAAUUCAUGCAAUGGCAGGCACAGAAAGCCCUUCAAUUAAUAACUGAGGAAGUGCUCAAAGAGUACUAAAUUGGAAAAAAGCAGGCCAAGCUUCAGUGGGAAUGUAGAGCCAUACAGAUAAAGAAGAACUAACUUACGUCAAAGAUUUUUCUAUGCCAGAAAGUAACCAAAUAAUACAAAGUCACCCACAAAAAGAAACAAUAUUGGAUCAAUUACAAUAUCAGGCUCGAUUGAAGCAAAAAAAAUAUAGACAGCACUAUUGAAGUUAUCACGCGCAUUGAGCCGUAACCAAAGAUAGCACCUCAGCACUAGCAGCAGUUUGAUUUGAAAUCGCCGAUAACCACAGCUGAUUAAAUGGAUUGAAAACACCAAAUUAACAUAUGGAUUGGUGAUUUGGCGGACAGACAAGUUGUUAAUCGAACAAAAAAUGAAAAAUGAACUCCAACAAACCACCGCGAUGCACCGUGGUGGUAACCUUCACGCCCUUGGUGAAGGGAAGCAGUCGGUGCGGUGUUGCAAUUUCGGAACCGAUAAGGCCACAUGAGUGAAAUUUUUCAAAUUGUUACUAUAAAAAGUCAAGUUCCCUCCCGGCGAGGGUUUCAGUUUGGUGAGUUAGGUUCUUGGUAGAACAACCAACGGUUUCAAGUGUAGUAGCAGUACAAUGAUCAAGAGUUCUGUGGUGGCUUUUGCCCUGUUGGGUGCUGCGUUGGCUUUCGAGCAUCAUGGAUUCAUCAGCGAAGUGAAAUAUAUCCCGUACAAGUGGUACGGUGGUAUGCAAGGAGGCAUGGGUGGCGGCGGCGGCGGUGGCGGCUUUGAAAUGGGAGGAGGUAUGGGCGGCGGAAUGGGAGGAUUCGGAGGAGGCUUUGGCAUGGGCGGUGGUGGAAUGGGAGGAGGAUGGAAGGAAGGUGGUGAAGACUACUAUUCGUAUCCCAAAUACAAGUACGAAUAUGGAGUCAAGGACUUCCACACCGGAGAUCACAAGAGCCAGUGGGAGAUGCGUGAUGGAGAUGUCGUCAAGGGAGAAUACACUCUGGAUGAGGCCGAUGGAAGCAAACGUAUCGUUGAGUACUACGCUGAUGGAAAGAAUGGUUUCGAAGCUAAAGUGAAGAACAUUGGCGGAGGAGGUAUGGGAGGUGGAAUGGGCGGUGGAAUGGGAGGAGGUAUGGGAGGAUUCGAAGGUGGCUACCACGGAAUGGGAUACAGUUAUAGCAAGCUGAAGAAGUACAACUAAUAAGAUCGAGAUUGAUCGUACCAAGACUGGAAACCGAUGUUUAAUAAAGUAUUAUCAAUUGCAAAACCUUAAGGAAAAUUUGUUUUAUUUGCAAGAUAGUGCACGUCUUUCAAGACGGUUUGGUAUAAUUGUAAUUCCUGUUCGUUGUAGGUCCUGAUUACGUUUUUCGCAAUUCUUUAACACUAGCCCAAAAAUGAUGAGGACACAUGCUGUUUUGUUUACAUCGUAACAAAAAAAAACAGUGUAUGUUUCAAAGUUUCUUUCUUUGAUUUCUGCUCAACAUCUAGGUUACUUGAAACUCCAAUAAUAUUUGCGGCAAUCUGGAAAGAUCAGUCUUAUUUAGGCUACAGGACCUCUGACCAUACUGAGGGUAACCCUUUGUAAAUUCUAACCGAUAUUCAAGGAGAAACUUCAGAGAAUACAAACAUGUCCGCCAUAAUGGCCGACUUGGGCCCCUACUCACGUUUUCAAGAGCACCAUUCUUAAAAAUACGUGUGCAAAAGCGCUCGAUUUGGAAAAGCUGCAUAUUUUUUGCGAGUGAGCAAAGCCAGGAUAAACAAGUGUGGCUUGGUUCGAAGCUUCGUUCGUCAGGUUUGUGCCUCUAAAGUUUGUAUGCAAGAUUGCAAUGGGAUUUCAUUGGUUGCUAAUAAACGUUAACAAUUUCAUUCGAUUCGGUUCACUGGUUUCGGAGAUAUGAUAGUUCAAAAAUAAGCUGUCUAAAAAAAUAAAGUUUUACGAGAACGGUUCUAGCUUCGCGAAAUAUUAACCAAUCAAGCCCAAAUUUGUUCCAAUAAUGCACAUAUAAUAGGUUGACAAACAGUCACAAUUUGAGAUUUGUUUAUGCAUUCUAUGAAAAGUUACAGCAUGUUGAACUUUUUUGUGAGAGAAAAAAAGUUGCCUAUUCCAAACAUUUUGGCCACCCCCUGUUUAAAAGUCAAUGUAUGUAUGGUUGUAUAUUUAUUUUGUAUGUUUGAAUGUUUGUCUAUUAGUAUGAUUAUAAGGUUUAUAUGUAUGUUUUUUUUUAUGAUCCGGCAUAACUAUGGAAUGCGUGAAACAAUUUAAAUCAAACUAAGCAUACACAUUCCUUAGGUUGUGGAGGUAGUUAUAGGGAUAUUGGAAUUCAAUAUGGCGGUUUGGGAUUCAAAAUGGCUGCCAAAACUCCAGAAUGUAUGCUGUUUGGCUGCAAUGCGGCUUCGAAUACUAAGCAAUGGAUGUCUGUCUAUCGACAGGGUGAGGGUGAUGAGUAAAAUUCAAAAAUAAAUAUCCGACGCCAUUUUUAAAAACAAGAUGGCGGCCUAUAAUCCAAGAUGGCGGCGGUAGUUUGAACUAUGAUAUCUUGCAGUAU